UUUCUUUCUUCCCGGAGUGCUUAUCGUCUGACUUGGACUUUUUCGACGGCCGCAACUCUGUUGACUCGGUAUUGUGAGUUCUCUUAGCCAUAUUGAAGUGGUGCUGCGACGGCUGACGGGAUCGCAAACAAAAUUCCAGAGAAAUGAGACUUUUUCGGGAAGUCUCUAGGGUGAUUAACAAGAAUUGGUCUGGAGUACCAAUUGUCCAACGCGAAAACCCCGGGGCGGAAUCAAAAAAAUUCAUCGGGAAAAAAAAGUAAUGCCCGUUUUCACCGCCACCUCCGCCUUUUGAGGAUUGUCCAGAACUGGUCCGUGCGCCACGGCCCCGUUGCAUUCUCCGGUCGUAUAGGAAGUCGUGCUUUCUACAGAGUCGACUUCGGUAUUCCUGUAUUAUUAAUGAACGAUUCUCGGGUCUUGUUGAGCUAUAUUUCUACCAAGUCUCCGUAAAUAUCCAAGCAACCUGUAUUUACAAUUGUAUCCCGACGGAGCUCCUCCGAUCGCCUUGUUGCGCUUCCCUCCGCAAGGACAUUUGCCCCCUCCUCCACUCCGACGGACUUGCAUUCUCCAACCCUCAUGAAAGAUGAAUGCCCCUCGAAAGCGCCAAAAAGUAUCGUCGGCCUGUGAGAGGUGCCAUCAGCGGAAGUUGGGGUGUGAUCCCACCCGACCAUGUCAUUUAUGCCAUCGCGCGGGCGUGCCAUGUAUCCCUCGACAUGGAACUGGUACAGCAUACCCACGCAAUUCGGACCCUCAAAUCACUAAUAGGCCAUACUCGUCGAAAAUCUCGACUCAAGAGGAGGAGCCGGUCAUGCUCCCUGAGAGCAGUAUCAUGGAUGUGAGCACGAGAUUGGUCUCAGGUCAGAAGCUGGUCAUUGGUGUGGAAUAUGACACUUCAGCUUUACCGGGAGGCAAGAAAGUGCCCAUGUCGUUUCCUUCACCAAGUAUCCCGUGGCGAGAUGCUGUUGGGAUAGCCUUCCCCUCAAAGCAGACUCUCGAUUAUCUAGUCGACGCAUUCUUCUCGGCCGUUGACUGGUUUAUGAUGGUCUUUCACGAAGAGGACUUCCGACAACGAUAUGAAGAAUUGAUGACCUCGACCCAUGUGCCAUCACUGGAAGAUAACAACAAUCUUUGGAUUACAUUACUUGUCCUCGGCCUGGGAGCUCAUUAUUCAUCACUCGGCAGAAGAGAGCCUCGCGGACAAUCCCACAUGCAGCAGCUGUCUAAAGAUAUCCUCGGAAGGGUUGAACAACAAUUUUUGAGAAUCAUCAGCUCAGCAGACGAAGAGGCCGUACAGAUCUGCGUUCUUCUAGGGAGUUUCCAUCUGUUCAACGGUCGUCCAACCGCCGGCCUUGGAAUCCUUGGAAGUGGAAUUAAAAUCGCCCAGGUUCUUCGGCUACAUCGAGAAGGCACAAUUUCGGGGAUCUCGCCCGCUCGUUUGGAAUCCCGUCGGCGUUCAUGGCUAGCGCUGGAGGUUUUUGAUAAAUAUGCGGCGAUUGCAUUUGGACGGCCCUGCAGUAUCGACGAUUCUGACUGCGAUGUGACUACGGUCUCAGAGAUUAAGACCAACAAGGAAGAACCACAUCGACAGGCAGUACGACUAGACUACCAUCGAUGGAAGUUUAGAUUGUAUCGUAUCGUGGGCCGAUUUUUAGGGCGACGACUACAAACAAAUAGGCUUGAAUCGGUCCAGAGCAUCCAUGCCCAACUUAUCUCGUGGCAAACACAAUUGCCCGAGAACUUACGGCUAGAGAGGUACAAGGACAAAAGUACACAGGAUACCCCGUCCCUGUUGCAGAUGCAAGCACUCGCCCUUCAAUUGACAUACGACAACAUUCAAAUCAUUCUCCAUCGCAGCCUUGCUUUCGGAUCCGGCUCUCGAGUCUCGAAUGCGGAUCGCUUGCCUGAUGAUCUACCAAAGUCCGCUCUGUCCCGAAAGCAACUUUUCCAGUCCGCACUUCGAACAUCCGAAUUGAACGACUAUAGUCACGUACUGCACGCAUGCGGAAAAACACAUGCUGCCAUGCACGUCGGCAUAUGCCUGUUCACUGCCGGUGUAGUUCUAUGCGCUUUUGCGAUUUCAGAGCCUCUAUCAGCUACCAGUGAAGCUGCAAAGAAUGGUGUUAUGAACAUUCUACGGUUCCAACACGAUCCCAUCCUGAACCAACACCUUCUUUCGGCGCAGAGUGUUAAAAUACUGGAAGAUUUGGUGACGGUCCUAUUACGCUCCGAACACUCUUUCAUUCGGGGUGAUACGACGAUAACUCCUCCAUCUGUUGCACAAACCAAGGGGGAAGAGGAAACUCGAAUCGUUGAACAGAUUACUAAUGUACACGAAUCAAGGGAGUCCGAAAGUAGUCGGCUCGGUGAUGCAAACUCAACGAUUCUGCCAGAAGGCUUUUCGAAUUUCCAAGAACCCUCUAUGCCUGAUCCCAAUAAGAUUGGGGAUGGGUCAUUUGAUGGAACGAGCUUUUCAAUGGGCCCUGAACUAGAUUUGCUUUCGAUGGAUUCGGCAGCUGGAUUAACGUGGACGGGAGGUAACCCAUACUUUAUUGAUCCUAGCUUCGCCGAUGCUAGUCAGCUGUGGUUAUGGUCUAGUAACCCAGAUGUGCAACCAUUUUUAGACUAAAGUAUGAGCGCUUAGAAAUACCAUAUAUAUUCAAGCCGU